CGUGCGUGCGUGCGUGCGUGCGUGUGUGUGUGUGAGAGUGAGAGAGUGAGAGAGUGAGAGAGCGCAAAAGCGAGAAGCCAUUUGGUGGUCUGGAAGCAGUGAUGUCAGCCUCAGUGCUAAACACUCACUUUAUUUUCCUUCAUGCUUUUUGUGUGUGUGCCUGGAAAGUUGCUGGAGAAAGAAAACAAAGUGCUCUUUCUUUAAGUGUGCCGCAUGACCCCCCCCCCCCCCCCCCCCUUUACUUCCUUUCACAUUUGCGUCCUGUGCUUCUAUUGGCUGGCUGGAUUGUAUGUGUCCUUGUGUGUCUGUUAAACCAUCCAGGUGGUAUUAAGUACUGCUGCUUUGCAUUAAGUUCCACAUAGUAAAUAACCAUACUUAUAACUAGUCUCUUUACCGCCCCCUGUUGGAGGCGUGGUGGUCUAGCAGCGCCACUUCCCAAUUUUUUGUGGUAAAAUCAGAAUUAUUCACACCCCAAAAAGUGGGUCGCUUGUCACGCCCACCUGGCCCCACCCCUUGUGCCAAUGUGCCCGGACCCAUUCGGAGCAUCAGGCGCGUGGCGUCAUGGUGGCCGCGCUCACCUUCUUGCCGGACAAAGUGCUCUUCUAAUCCUUUGCGUCAUGCUGGACGCGCUCGCCUUUUUUCUGGACAAAGUGGUCUUCUUGGUGACGUGCGCGCACCCACCACCUCCGCCCCUUGAGCGUGAGCGCGCCUAUCGGCGCGGCGACUUGUUGGAGGUGCCGCGCACGCUUUUCACGCACUUCGGUAUCUACCUGGGCGACGGCCGCGUGGCGCACCUCAUCCCGGACAUCCUCCCCGCCGUCACGUCGGAUGCGCGCCACCUCCGCCACAAGGUGACCAACACGCGCCUGCUCCUCGGCGUGCUAGCCAAGCGAGCGAGCGUGCGCGUGGAUUCCGUGGAGGACUUCGCGUACGGCGCAAGCGUGAGGCUCAACACGCACGCCAUGGAGCGCGCCGGCCGCGUUCCUCCCGACGCGGAGGACGCGGCGCGGCGGGCCGAAAGUCUGCUCGGCAGCGUCCCCUACAGCCUGCUGUGGAACAACUGCGAGCAUUUCGUCACGUGGUGCCGCUACGGAGCUGCGCGCAGCCUGCAGACGGAACAGUUCUGCCAGUGGUUGAAGUCUCAGAUCCGAGACCAGCGGAACGCAUUUGUGGCUGGUCUGCUGGGCCUCCUCUCCCUGGCUUGCUGGGGCGUGUCCUCCGGGACCACACUGCCUGUCAUUCUAAUCCCCUUCACGUUGUGGAUGGCCAGCUGAAUGAACAUUUCAAACCACCUAACACCAAUUUGUGAAUUUUUCUACGCAAUCUUUCUUUUUUCAGGAGUAAUGUUUUCAACUUUUGUAAAUAAAGAAUUCAUUCGGAAA